CGGCGCCACGUCUCUGGCAGCUGGGGAGGACUCGGCGUGCCCGGCGGCUGGGCGCGGCCAUGGCCUUCACCCUGUACUCGCUGCUGCAGGCCGCCCUGCUCUGCGUCAACGCCAUCGCCGUGCUGCACGAGGAGCGGUUCCUCAAGAACAUUGGCUGGGGAACGGACCAGGGAAUUGGUGGAUUCGGAGAGGAGCCAGGGAUUAAGUCGCAGCUAAUGAACCUUAUUCGAUCUGUAAGAACUGUGAUGCGAGUGCCAUUGAUAAUAGUUAACUCAAUUGCAAUUGUAUUGCUUUUAUUAUUUGGGUGAACAUCCAUGGAGGAGCUGGAGACUCAGCAGAAGAGAUGCCAACAGACGUCAUGACUUGAGUCAUUACUGGAAUCCUCAUCUUAGCUGGCUGACCUCACACUUGACAAAACUGUAAAGCUGACAGUAAAACCAGAGUUCCUGUUUUAUCGAUUUUUUUUUAAAUGUUGCAUUUGUAGUUUCUUUACAAGAAGAACAGAUCAUUAGAGGCAGUGACUCUCCAGGCCUGGAAUAUAUGUAGUUGCUCACUGUUCAUAGUUCAUGCUGUGGCAGAGAUUGUCAAAAGGGCACAGGACUGUCUUAUCUGGUUUUAGGUAUUUUUCUCUCUCUCACAUCUCAGGGAUGAAUUUUUUUUCAAAGUUUUGCGGUUCCUUGUGACUUUGCCUUAUGAUUUAGACGUGAGAGAGAUCAUCCCCUAAAUAAAAUGUAAAAGAUUUUUAAAAAGUAAUUACUACAUACAUAUAAAAUGAUAAGCAGGUGAUGUGGUUAAUUUUAUUUUGAACUCUUUGGUUACAUAUUUCGCCUACAUAUUGUUUCAGCUGUGAAGCAUUCAAAUUUAUAGAUGCUAUUGAGGAGUAAUGCUCUGAUUUCAGGAAGAACUCUUAAUAUUGUCAGUCAGUCAGUCAUGCGAUGGUUGUUUUUGUUUUCAGUUCUUUUCAUGCAUUUGUUUUAUUAAAUUGGCCUGAAUGAUGAGACCAGACCAGUAUUUACAUAUUUUUGUUGUCAGAAUAAUCUGGCAAAGUUUGUGUCCUUUUUACAAAUGAUGACUUUUUAAAGACUUAAGUACUAGCCUGCAAGAGCAAUCCUAAGCACUCACAAUUAGAGGAACCACAUAAGACCGCGUACUGUAAAGCAUUUACCUCCCCCCAAAUUAUCACAUUUCUGUUUCUUGGCGCAGUAAUACAUUGAGGGGUGUGUUCUUAAUUCUCCAUUUCGUCAGUAGUAUAUUCAUGUCAGCUGAGUUUUUUUAAUUAUUAUUUUGUUUUGUUUUUAUGGUUUAGGCCAUCUUGUGAGAUUGUUUACUCAUCCCGUAAUACAAUUUCAUGCAGAAAGGUUGAAACUAUGUAAAUUUAUUUUGGAAAUUAUCAGUUAUAAUAUUUUAAAGGGGUGGAAUGGUGUCUUUGUUUAUACAAGAACACUUGUAAAUAAAGUUAAAUUUCCAAGUCAAACACUUGUUUUUGUACGUAAGUAUAAACCUAAGUGUUACCUGCAUUAAUCUCCAUUUUGUGUUUGAUGCCUCUGUUACAUUCUCUGCUGUCACAAUGCUAAGUACUGAUUUAGUGAAAGAAACAUUUACAUCUAUUUUUUCCUUCAGCUAACUGAAUUGCUGGCAUACAUCCAGAAGACACAUGAGCACCUUUCAUUCCUGACUUAAGUACUGCUAAAACUCCAGAGCAGGUAUUGAAUGGCGUUGACUGUGCCUGAGCUAGAGGUGCAUAGUCUCUGGGCUGUGGGCAGCAGCUGCACAAAGGAAAUGGGUGAGGGUUCUUAGGAGAACUUGGCUCGUCUAAGUUGCGUACUUGCUUUUCAGAGGCAGUGUUCUUGUGGCCUUACAAAGAGCUGAUGCAUGAGUUCCACUUUGAGCCACUGAACAGAUUCAGAAGAAGCAGUUAAUUGAGGGCAUUCCCAUUUCUCCAUGUGGCACAAACUGUACAAAACUGCAAAAAGAGAGACCUAGGUCUGAUGUUUUUCAAGUAAGACAUUACUAUACAUCUUUAUGUUAACUUAGUUUUGGGAGAUCGUCUAAAUCCCUGCUCCACUGGGGAGCAGUCACCAAAGGGCUGGAUCAGAGUUUUAUGUAGCAAAGCAGCUCUGAGGAAAGUGAAGCAUCAUAUAUCUACAGAGUUCCUAUGCAGAGGCCACCACACAAUUGCAGUUUCAGUGUGGCUGCAGGGGAGCUGUCAGCUUUGUCCGGGUAGCCCUGGCUUCCCCAGAGCACUUGUGGUUCAGCAACUGUAGCAUCUUAUUUUAGUAGAGGAUAACUUAAGCACCUGUUUGCCUCCCCACAGCUUCCCCUUUGUCCAUUCUCAAGAUUAACAACUUGUGAUCAUUCUGGACUCCAAAUAUCCAUAAUGUUUAUGGUCCUGUUGGCCCUCCAUCUGCUCAUAUCUGACCCGUUGGGAAGGGUCUUGGCUCUAGUCUGUAGAUCUGAACCACAUUUGUACCCUAAUCCUCAAUCAAGUACAUUGGUUUUCAAACUUUGAUUGUUAACAGCAGAAACGGAUUUUCAGAGGAAUUCUAGCGGAAUUCUAACCAGUAUAUAAAACAUAUGAGAGUAGGUCCAUCUAUUUCUGGUUGACAGGGUCAGGACCCAAUGGCUCACUGGGCAGUCUACACUGCUCUCUUGUCAAGCUCCCCGAGGCGUUUCCACAAAACCCUGAAUUUUCAAAAACAUGGUUUAAAAGUAUGUUUUAAAAUCCCUACUUCAGAUACAGUAUGAGUAGCUAAUCGUCUGUGCUCUACAGGUAUGUACAGUCGCUUGUGUUUGUGUGUUACUCAUGAAAUGAGAGGGAGCAAUUUGAACAGUCAAAAGAGUAGGAGGCAGGAUAUUUCUACGAUGCCAAACCAAACUUUUUACUAUGUGACUUAAGAGGCAAAUAAACUUCUUAAGACCUCAGUUUUUGGUUGCCUCAUCUGUAAAACCGGUCAAUAACUUUUAGAACAGAAGCUUGGUCUAGAUGGUUUAUGGGGGUCUUUUCCAGCUCACUCAUCUUUGAUUCUAGAUGUACCUCGACCAGAGAGAUGCUCUCUUGAAGUAAUAACGUUUUUAGUGAAGUACGCCGCCUUCUCGUUGGCUUUGUAGUUUCAAAGUUAUUACCAAAAUAAAAUGUUGAUGUUAAUCAAAAUGGA